CUGAGAUCGGCCAUCCCUGGCCCCGGUGGCCACUCUGCCAGCUCAAAGUCAACUUUGCUCCAACUCUCAGCUGGCCAGCCAGGGCCAGCCCAGGGCUCCCUCCCACUCGGCUCAGCGGGACCCAGAACCGUCCCUAUUGGGCAAUCAUUAAUCGGAUUCCUGACAUUCCUCUGCCCCAGGUCUGCCUGAGAAGCAUGCUCCCCAGAGGGGCCGAGGCCCAGGACUGGCAUUUGGACAUGCAGCUGGCCGGCAAGGUGGUGCUGUCCGCGGCCGCGCUGCUCCUGGUGACCGCAGCCUACAGGCUGUACAAGUCGAGACCGGCCCCGGCCCCCCAGGGGAGGGCGGGGGCCAGGACCAAAGCCCGGGAGGAAGCAGAGGGCUCGGGGCAGCCUGCCGCGCAGGGGGCUUCUCCAGGGUCCCUGCGAAAGCGCCGGAGGGCCAGCAAGGAGGCUGGCUCGCCACUGGGCUGUAGCUGGGAGGAUCCAGGAGGCCCCUGUGUCCUGGCCACCGGAGCCACUUCCAGAGACGGCCAGGCACCCAGGAAGGGUUCUGGAGAGGAGCCGGGCGGGCAGCACCCGGACUUGGAGUUGGUGCCCGCUCCCGGCUGCGGCCAGGAAGCCGGAACAGCUGCUGGCGGUAAGCCUGGCCCUCCCCGCUGCCCCCGGGUAGGCAGUGAACCCAAAAGCUCUGUAACUGGACUUGCUGUGGCAGUGGAUGGUGACUGCGUGGGUGGUGAGCCAGCUCCGCGGCCGGAUGGUGGGACCCCUGCACACCCGGGGUCCGGGAAGCUGGACCCCCCUCCCUGCUGGACAUCUGCCAGAGAAGGCAGCGGUGACAUGAGCCAGAGCCAGGCCUUGCCCCCCAGCACAGGGGUCAGCAGGGAAGAGACUGGGGCCCUCCAGGCCACCUCAGACCUGGGCCUGGCCUUGCAGCAGCCGGAGGGCGCCGGCCACGCGGCCUACACGUUCUCGUCCAGCGCCCGGGUGCGAGUGGAGGAGAACCUCAUCGGGAAGGCGGAGGGGCCGGGCCCCCGGCUGAGGGGCAAGGUGUACGACUACUACGUCGAGGCCACCUCCCAGGCCGUCUCCAGGCUGGCCCCCAGGGCGCCAGGUCUGCCUCAGGCUCUGUCCCCUGAGCCGGUGCCAGGGCCCCUGGGAACAGGAACCGUGUCCGGAGGCGAGACUGGCGACACAGAGGGAGGCGCUGAGAUGGCAGCCUCUCCCCAGCCUGUGCCGUCCCCCUCUGCACAAGGCUUCGGCAGGAAGGAGAGCCUGCUGCACAUCGCCGACCACCCAGAGCUCCAGCUCCAGCUAGAUGGCUUUGGGACCCCCGCUCCCUCCCACCCCCACCAGGGCCCCCUGCCCAGCCCUCCUGGGAGCAGCGCGGAGCCCCGCGUGCAGCUUGUGGCCGGGACCAACUUCUUCCAGGUGCCGCUGGGCCCCGCCACGGCCCCGGACAUCUGCCUGGAUCUGGGCAACUGCUGCGAGGUGCUGGCCUGGGCCAAGAGGCAGCAGCUGGAGGCCCUGAAGGAGGCAGCCUACAGGGUGAUGAGCGACAACUACCUCCAGGUGCUCCGCAGCCCCGACAUCUACGGGCGCCUGAGCGGGGCCGAGCGGGAACUGAUCCUCCAGCAGCGGCUCCAGGGCCACAAGUGUCUGGUGGUGGCCGACAUGUGCCCGCAGGAAGGCUGUGGCCGCCUCUGUGGCUAUGACGAUGCCCGAGACACCUGGCACCCCCUGGCUCAGCUGCCCCCCGAGGCCGUGUCCUGGGGAUGCGCCACCUGCACUCUCUUCAAUUACCUCUUUGUGGUGUCCGGCUGCCAGGGAUCUGGGCGCCAGCCCUCCAAUCGCGUCUUCUGCUACAACCCGCUGACGGGGAUCUGGAGUGAGGUGUGUCCCCUGAGCCAGGCCCGGCCGCACUGCCGCCUGGUGGCCCUGGACGGGCACUUGUACGCCAUCGGGGGCGAGUGUCUGAACACCGUGGAGUGUUAUGACCCCCGCCUGGACCGCUGGGCCUUCGCCCCUCCGCUCCCCAAUGACACGUUCGCCCUGGCGCACACGGCCACCGUGUGUGGCGAUGAGAUCUUUGUCACGGGUGGCACCCUGCGCUACCUGCUGCUCCGCUUCUCGGCCCGGGAGCAGCGCUGGUGGUCCGGCCCCACGGGGGGCAGCAAGGACCGCACGGCCGAGAUGGUGGCGGUCGGUGGCUUCCUGUAUCGCUUCGACCUCAACCGCAGCCUGGGCAUCGGUGUGUACCGCUGCAGCGCCAGCACCCGGCUCUGGUACGAGUGCGCCUCCUACCGGACGCCCUACCCGGACGCCUUCCAGUGCGCCGCGGUGGACGGCCGCAUCUACUGCGUGGGGCGCCAGCGCAUGCUCUGCUUCCUGGCCGACCACAUCUCACCCAGGUUUGUGCCCAAGGAACUGCAGGGCUUCCCGUCCCCACGGGGCACCCUCCUGCCCACCGUCCUGGCCUUGCCCGUCCCUGGUAUGCCUCAGACCAGGGUCUAGCAGCCCUGGACUGGGCUCUUCCUGCAAAACGGGGAGCGGAGCCCACCCCGCCCAUCCUCUGGGGCCAUGUCUGGGGGACCCAGGGAUUUGACCAUGGAGGGGAACUCUAACCCCGUCUCCUACCCUGGCUAUGGAUAAACGACAGCCGGUUCUGAGGCCAGAGGCAGCCAUGUCUGUCUGGAUGACAGCACUUUGCUUCAAAUCUGAAUCCUCGGGGGGCCCCCACCAAAGCUCAGGGGCACAACCUUAUCACAACCGCAGUUCCAGGAGCCUGUGACCCCAAGAGCCUCUCGAGCUGGUCCCUCUGGGGAUGGCUGACAUUUGGGAAGUUCCCCUCCCUAAGUGUUGGUCCCUGGGUCCCACCUUUGGUUCCCAGGAGCGCCCCGGCCGUGGGUGGGAAGGACGGAGGGAGCUGGUUUGGACAGGACCAGGGAGGAAGCCGGCCCCGGGGCUCAGGUAGCUGCAGCUGGGGACCCGAGGACCUUUGCUCGCCGUGAAUUUCCCAAAGUCCACUUGACUUCUUGUUCCCUGGAAUUCUGUGGAUCGGGAGGAAGAGAAGCGUCCGUUUUGAAGAGCCACCGUCUUGCAGGGGUCUGCCAGGAGCAGGGCGGGGUCCUGAGAGGGAGGAACAGAGGUGACUGGAUCGGAGCCGCCUUCCUCCCGGGCCCCUGCUCAGGCCCACGGCCGCCUGACCACGAAGCUCACUGCCCAGGUCUCCAAGUCCUUCCCAGGGCCCGGCCCUCCUGCCUGGACGCUGGGGUAGCCGUUACCAGGCAGCACCGCAGGGACGUGAGCAAUGAUGCAUGAUCUGCCCAGUCUGUGCCUUGCGGUCACCUUGGCCUCAUCAGAUGGGAGGGGACAGUGAGGACACUGAGGCACACAGGGUUCCGUGGAGCCUCCAGAGACGGGGCCUCCUUUCCUGUCCUUCCAUGAGUUCGGGAAGGGAGGAGACGGGUCCCUGGGAAGGAACCUGGGCUUCCAGGAAGGGAGAGGGACAGGUCCAUUCUGUCACCACAGCCUAGUUCUGUCUCUGAGGGUGGCACAGGCUUGUAUGGGGGAGCAGUGAUGCUCUCUGUCACUGCCAGUAGCCGGGGAGCUGGGAGGAGCCAGGGCAGGGCCUGACGGGGGAGGACAGGGGACGGCUUGGACCUCAGUGUCUGCAGAGUCCUUCCCCAAUCCCGAGGGGUCCUGGCCGGAGCUUGCGUCUGCGGCAGCAGCUGGGGCAGAGCUGGGGGUCUUUCUGGAAGAUGCAGAAUUGGAUCAAAGAAUGAGGAGGAGGUUGGGGUGGAGGUGAGGGAGGUCCUGCUGGACACAAGGGGCCGCCCUCCCUAGCUGAGGCCUGGGCAGGUGAGGCAGUCUGUACCGUGGCUGGACCCACACCACAAGGCUGUGUUCGUACUUGACCCUCCCUGGGCUCAGCGGGUGGGAAGGUGGCUUCAGUGACAAGCCUCAAGGGAGGCCCUGACUGGCCCGCGAUAACAGGCUGGGAGGGUGUGCUUGGGGAUGGACCCUGCAUGGGAGGGGGCAGUGGAGCCCACCCAGGCCAAGGCGGGCCUCUGGCGAGGAGCCAGCAGAGGGUCAGACACAGCGGGCUGCGUGAAGUCCCGGAGGGGCUGCAGGCCCAGGAGGAGCCAGGACCCCGCUGGGCAAACCCAGGGGGUGGAAUGCACACCUACGGCAGGGACCAGGGAGCGGUCCCAGGAGAAGACAGCAACUCUGUCUUCAUAGUGGGGAGCGCUGAGAUGGGCAGGGCCCAGGUGACAGGCAGGACGUGGUCCCCAGCAGAUCUCGCUAAUCAGCCACCUCAUCGUUUCCCAAAGAGCCCUUACGAUGGCCUCAGAGCUGUCUCAGUGUAGUGUCCCAGCUGGCGGGCUGGUCUGGAGUUGGGUUCAGGGACAGAAGUGGUCAGGGGAUCUCGGCAGAGGAAGGAAGACCAGGGAGCCUUGAAUGACCACCUGGGGCCACGACCCCCGGGACUCGUCCGUUCACUGGGAAAUGAACACUGACCACGGGCCAGGCGCAGUUCUAGGACCGGUUCCUGCCCCCGGGGGCUCACCUGCUAGUGGAGAAAAACAGGUGAUCGGACAAAGAAAUCGCACAAACCAGCAGAGAGCAGCCGAGCUGCGCAGGUGUCGGGGGAAAAUAGGGCAGGGCCAGGGGCCAGUGUCAGGGGACGGGGUCACUGUUUUAAAUGGGGUGAUCAGGCUCCUUCUGAGGUGGCAUCUGAGCAGGGUUCUGAAUGGAAAUCCGGGAGACGCUGGGACCCGGGAUGGGAAGGCCAGCUGGGCCACUAGCAGGGCUCUGCCACACCAGCUGGGGAGGACAGGGCCACUUCCACACGAGUGUCCCCUUAGUGCAGAGGAGAAGCAGGUGCCCAGCCAUUGUGGGUCAGCUGUUGGGUCAAAGGAAAGAAUUCAGGACACCGACUUCAUACAGCAGAUCCCGGCUCAGAAACAAGGAGAGAAGCAGAGUCCCCACAUCCGGGGAGCCAGCGGCAGGACUGCGGGUUUGUCACCGAUGCCACACCCAGGUGUCAGCUGUCAGCCUGCUGAGGCCUCCUCCUGGCUCAGACUCCAGGAUUUGUACCUGAACUUGCUUAAUAUCCGGGGCCUGUUGACCUUGUGCCCAUAGCCUCGGGUGGUCUCUGUGUCACCUGGCUCUCCACGGGACAUCUGUCUUGCUUUUCCAGUAAGAGCUUUCUUUCUUUUUUAGGAAAAGAAAAUAAUAAGAUUUGGGGUGCCUUCCCCUUUAAGCCAGCCAUACCCAUUACGGAAAAAAAAAGGUGGAAAAUAGAGGAAAGUAUACGUAUAUAAAAAACCUCCCUGAUUUUGCCAACCAAAGCGUCCCCUACUGUGGCGCGUCCCUCAGGCCCUUUUCUUCCGCGAGGGUUUUGUUUGGCUUGGGCUUUGCCGCGGAGCGAUUAUGCUGAGUGUACAAUCCGGGGGCUUCCUUUCUCACAGAGCGUUUCAGAAGAAGCAUUUCCCCGUGUUAUUACAAACCUCAGUAAACGCCAUUUCACUGGUUGCCCGCUAUUCCAUGGAGUGAAUGCGUCGCGGUUUAUUUAAACAUCCCCCUCCUGUUGGGCCUGUGGAUUUUUUUUCCCUGUUGAUUUUUUUUUCCAUCAUAAAUAAAACGUCCUUUGUUUUCUCCUUC